CAGGAUAUUGUAUGCAUUACACACCGGAUCGACAAGCAUAGUGUAGCUUUGAGUCGAGCAUACAGUGCAAACUAUCUCAUUUGUUGCAGUUUCAUACUACAACUUAUCAGCAUGGGUCACAUGAAAAAUAAACGCCGUAAUCAGGCAAAAGAGGCCGCUUUGCAAAGGGAGGAACGAUUGCGCCGAUUGGAAGAAAUGGAUCUGGAAAAUAUGCCACUAAGGUUGGACAUCAAAAGAAGGCUUACGUCGCGGUCGGACCGAGUAAAGUCGGUAGAUCUGCACCCGACGGAGCCAUGGAUGCUGUGCGCCCUGUACAAUGGCCACGUACACGUGAUGAACUACGAGAACCAACAGCUGGUAAAAGAUUUCGAGGUCUGUGAUCUACCGGUUCGCUGCGCUCGCUUUGUGGCGCGCAAGAACUGGAUCCUCACCGGCUCGGACGACAUGCAGGUGCGCGUUUUCAACUACAACACCCUCGAAAAGGUGCAUUCGUUCGAGGCGCACACCGAUUACGUACGCUGCAUCGCGGUGCAUCCAACACAGCCGCUCAUUCUUACGUGCAGUGACGACAUGUUGGUGAAGCUGUGGAACUGGGAAAAGAUGUGGGCAGUACAGCGCGUCUUCGAGGGACACACGCACUACGUCAUGCAGGUCGUGUUCAACCCGAAAGACAACAACACAUUCGCAAGCGCAUCGCUUGACCGCACGGUCAAAGUGUGGCAGCUGGGCUCGAACGUUCCCAACUUUACGCUCGAGGGCCACGAGAAGGGAGUGAACUGUGUGGAUUACUAUCAUGGAGGUGAUAAACCGUACCUCAUUUCCGGUGCCGACGAUCGGUUGGUCAAAAUCUGGGACUAUCAGAACAAAACGUGUGUCCAAACGCUGGAAGGGCAUGCCCAAAACGUGUCAGCGGUCUACUUCCAUCCGGAGCUCCCGAUUCUGCUAACGGGCUCGGAGGAUGGUACCAUUCGCAUUUGGCACUCGGGCACUUACAGACUGGAGACGUCGCUAAAUUAUGGAUUUGAGCGUGUCUGGACAAUUGCCUGCAUGCGAGGCACCAACAACGUGGCGUUAGGCUACGACGAGGGGUCCAUCAUCAUCAAGGUUGGUCGCGAGGAACCGGCGAUGUCGAUGGAUGUGAAUGGAGGAAAAAUUGUAUGGGCUCGGCACUCCGAAAUGCAGCAAGUUAACCUGAAAGCGCUCCCUGAAGGAACGGAAAUCAAGGACGGCGAACGCCUGCCGGUAGCGGUUAAAGAUAUGGGUGCAUGUGAAAUCUAUCCACAAACAAUCGCCCACAAUCCCAAUGGAAGGUUUGUGGUGGUGUGCGGCGACGGAGAAUACAUAAUCUACACGUCCAUGGCCCUCCGCAAUAAAGCGUUCGGUUCGGCACAAGAAUUUGUGUGGGCCUCGGAAAACAGCGAGUAUGCCGUACGCGAAUCGAGCGGCACAGUGAAGCUGUUCCGUAAUUUCAAGGAACGGAAAAGCUUUACCCCCGACUACGGCGCAGAAGGUAUCUUCGGUGGACAAUUGCUGGGAGUUAAAACAUCAUCUGGCUUAACAUUCUACGAUUGGGAAAAUUUGGAACUGAUCAGACGAAUCGAGGUUCAGCCAAGACACGUAUUUUGGAACGAAGCGGGCACACUGGUGUGUCUUGCCACCGAGGACUCAUACUUCAUACUGAAGGUUGACAUCGGCAUGAUUCAAAAUGCGUUGGCCACCAAGCAACAGUUGGGUGAAGAUGGCAUCGAGGAAGCUUUCGAUGUUCUUGGCGAAGUAAACGAGCUGGUGCGUACAGGACUUUGGGUUGGCGAUUGUUUCAUCUACACAAAUUCUGUGAACCGCAUCAACUACUAUGUUGGCGGAGAAAUUGUUACCGUUUCCCAUCUCGAUCGCACGAUGUAUCUGCUUGGAUACGUGCCGAAGGAUAACAGGUUGUACCUCGGUGAUAAGGAGUUGAAUGUGACCAGCUUUGCACUGUUACUGUCGGUGUUAGAAUACCAGACAGCUGUUAUGCGGCGUGACUUCGAAACGGCGGAUCGUGUGUUGCCCACCAUCCCGAAGGAGCAUCGCACACGUGUGGCCCAUUUCCUGGAAAUGCAAGGAUUCCGCCAGCAAGCUUUACAAGUCUCGAUUGAUCCAGAGCAUCGUUUUGAGCUGGCGCUGAAAAUAGGCGAUCUCGAUACGGCGCUCAUGCUUGCUCGCGAAUCUGACAGUCCCCAGAAAUGGAGCCAGCUCGCCGGCAUCGCCACCAGCAAGAACAAGUUCGAUCUCGUCAAGGAAUGUCUGACGAAUGCAAACGAUUACGGUGGCCUCCUGCUGCUAGCAACUAGUACAGGCGAUGCGGAUAUGCUGCGGAAUCUUGGCGAGAACGGUGUCACGCAGGGCAAAUUCAACAUCUCUUUCUUGUCCAUGUUUCUGCUGGGUGAUUUAGAAAAAUGUUUGGAAAUUCUGAUCCAAACAAACCGGAUACCGGAAGCAGCAUUCUUCGCCCGGACGUACUUGCCAAGCAAAAUUUCCCACGUGCUUGAUAUUUGGCGUACGGAGCUGGCUAAAAUCAAUGAAAAGGCCGGCCAAAGCUUAGCGGAUCCACAGCAAUAUGAAAAUCUGUUUCCGGGCUUCUACGAUUCAGUAAAGACGCAGCAAUUUCUCCUCCCAGAGCGAAGCACACUGCUGCCCGCGAACGUCGCUACCAAAGUACCACUCAACAUUGAUCGCACGCCUAUUGAGGAAAUGAAAAUGGCAGAAAAUGAAGGAAAGUUUGACUAUAAUCCAAGCGCAUCGAGCGAAGCCACCGCGACACUGCCGAACGGAAACGAUGUUGCUGCUGCCUCGGUUUCAAAGCACGUUGAUCCAUCUGCUGUAAACACCAACUCCACACAACUUGCACCCUCCAACGUACCGCCCACGAUAACUACGCCGACGGCCAAUGUGGGCGGUGUGUCAGCAGCGCAAGUAAAGCGGAAAAGUUCACUGGAAGACUUUGAGUCUGAAAUAGAAGCGCUGAAUCUGGACGAUAAUAUCGAUACUUCGGAUGUAAAUAUAGAUGACGUCGAGCUAAGCGAUGAUUGAGCCUGCAACGAGAACCUCCGCCAAUCUCAAUAGUUUUUGGGCGGACACCGACAUACCGAAAGAUUUAGGGCGAGAAAGAAGGGAGAGGUUUAGCAAAAGUAUUGUUUUUUAUUUACCUUCUCGCGCAUAUAUCGCAAACCGAACACAUCAGGAUGCACUUCCUAGAACGGUUUAUCGUUAAAGGAUAAAGGUACUGGACCGUUUGAACACCACUACCGCCACAGCACCCUUUAUUCCUUCGUUAUCCUGUAACGUUAGUUGAUUCGUUCAAACAAUUAUAUAUUCCAUAUUCCUGCUUCGGUACUUUUUUUUAUGUUCAAGUGAAUUGAUUGCAUCUGGACGGAAUCAAGCAUUCAAAUAAAAUAAAAUAAAUUAAUUUGGGAUAUAUAUUCACCGAAAAAUACACAAUUGUAGGAUAACACA